UUUCGUUGUUGCGUUUGCGUCUCGUUUGUGUACUGUGCGAUUUUGUGUGUGUUACACCUUUUUCGACCUUAUUUACCGUCCCUGGACCUCGAUAUCGUCCUCAUCUGACGACCAUUGUUUACUAUACCCUUGUAAAUCCGUCCUUGAUAAUGCCGCCGUCGGCAAAUAGUCGACGUAUACUUUGCAUAAACUGCAACGUCUGCUUAAAUACGUUUCGACGUUAUCUCGUUCAUGAACUCAACACAAGAGUUAUUUCCUUACUUAGCGAGUGGCUAUCACCAGUAAUCAUUACUGAGGAAGAUUACAUUUGUGAACCUUGUAAAGAACUCCUCAUGAGAAGCAUAAACCAGCAAUUAGCAACAAGCUGUGAUGGUGCUCAAGCUUCAGGGUCAUCUCAACUAGGCCGGAGACAAGUGUGUAGUCUUUGUGGACGGUCAAUACUUAAGCGUCAGAGCCAUUCUAUUGUUUUUGACAAUCCUUCAGAAGAGCAAAGACAGAUAAAUACUGUUAUACAAACAAGAAUUGCACCACGUCAGAUAUCAUCAUCUGAUAGAAUAUGCCAUUCAUGCUGGAUGAGUUGUAAGCGUGCUGCCAAUACCAAAUGGUAUAUACAAUGA